AUGUUGCUUAGCAGCACUGCUGCCCAUAGAUGGCGUAACAACAAAGAGCAUUUGUCGCUUGCUCAAAUCGUAAUAAUAUUAAUUAAUAAUAACAAACACUCAAACAAAUAAUGGAAUUAAGUUAGUCACAAAGUGCACAUACAAUAAAACAUCAUCAUGGCGGGCAUUUAUCCCAGAGAGGCGGUGCGCGUUAAGGUCAAGAAAUGCGAGGCAGCCCGACCGCCAGAAUGGCGCAAAUUCUCCGUGGAUCCACAAAUAACGACAAUGGAGGUGCUCUACUCGCUGCUAGCGAAGGCCUUUGACAUCAAAUCGGAUUUUUCAAUCAAAUACAAAGCCUUCGAUCCAGCUGGCAAUGAAAUCUAUUUGGCCGUGCUCUCCGACUGGGACCUGGACGCUGCAUUCCUACGCAUACACAAUAUAUCGAUACAGACCGCCUCGGAGCCGUGCCUAAUGCUACAGAUCGACGUCAAACCCUUCACCGUGGUGCGCGAAUGCGAAACGGAGUCCACGGCCGCCACCAGCACCAACACCAGCAGAUCGGGCAGCAUCAGCGGCACGGCCACAUUUUCGGCCAGCGUAUCGCCGCUGCAAUCGCUGGGCGUCUCCCAGAAAUAUGUGCAGCACAUGCAGACCAAGUUGCCGGGCCUGAUCAUGAAUCAAAUGGAGAAGACGUUCUCCAUUGUGCAGAAGGCCUUCAACUUGUCGGACGAGCACAUGGCCAAUCUGCCGCCGCGUCCGCCCAUGUGCGAUGGCGAAUUUCGUCUGUUCCUGGAUGCGUUGGGGCAAAUCCAACGACGCGACGAGCUGCGCAAGGUGAUCUUUCUGGGCGGCAUCGAGCCCAGUUUGCGUCGCGUCGUUUGGAAGCAUCUGCUGAACGUUUAUCCCAGCGGCCUGCAUGGCCUCGCCCUCGAUGGGCAUCAGCGCAUGGAGUUUAUGCGCCGCAAAUCCGAGCAAUACUACAGGCUGCGCGACACCUGGAAGGCGGCCGUGCAGCGUGGCUGUGCCGCCGGCGAGCUGGCCUAUGUCACCAGCAUGGUGAAGAAGGAUGUGCUGCGCACGGAUCGACUGCAUCCGUUUUAUGCGGGCAGCGAUGACAAUCAGAACAUUGCCUCGCUCUUCAAUAUACUGACCACAUACGCUCUCAAUCAUCCGGUCGUGAGCUAUUGCCAGGGCAUGUCCGACAUCGCCUCACCCCUGCUCGUCACCAUGAACGACGAGGCGCAGGCCUACAUCUGCUUCUGUGCGAUUAUGGCCCGUAUGCGCGGCAAUUUCAUGCUCGACGGCAUUGCCAUGACACAGAAGUUUGCCCAUCUGACGGAGGCGCUCAGCUUUUAUGAUCCCGAAUUUUGGGAAUAUCUCAAGUCGCAGCAGGCGGACGAUCUGCUCUUCUGCUAUCGCUGGCUACUGCUCGAGCUGAAGCGCGAGUUUCCCUUUGAGGAUGCGUUGCGCAUGCUGGAGGUUCAGUGGAGUUCACUCUGCUAUGACAAUAAUAGCUCCAAGGAGCUCUCUCUCUACGAAAAGGAAUUUGUGCCCAUAACGGAGACAUCGGCGCCGAACAGUGCCAGCACACACAGCGCCACGCCGACGAGUCCUUCGUAUUUGCUGGCCAAGCCGCGCGAGAAUCCCUACACCAAGGUGUGCGCGCUGCGCCGGCAGAGCUCCUCGGCGUCGCUUAGCUCGCUGAGCUCGUCGCUGGACAACAACUCGAAGCGUCUGAAUCAGAGUCUGGACGAGAAUAUAUCGCGGCAUGCGGCGCGACGUCAGCGCCGGGCCUCGGCCAAGGCGCAUCAGAGUCUGGACGAGUCCAAGAUGUUGGCGCUCAUCGAGGGCGGCAUUGCGGAGCAUAGUGCCAGGUCGGUGCUGGAGCUGUCCGCCAGCGAGGAUACCGAUACCGACGAUGUCUUCGAUCGCCAGGAACAGAUUUCGGCCUCGCCGCCGCAAUUUCACGAAACGAAUCCCUUCAAGGACGAUGCACAGCAGCAGCCAAACAGCAACAGCAACAACAACAAUAAUAAUAAUAAUAAUAAUAAUAGUGUAGCCACGCCCGCGAGGGCAUUUCUGUCUUCGACAUCGUCUUCCAAUCUGGGCGAGGAGAAGGAGUUGGAGCGGGAACAGGGCCUGGCCAAGCUGCCGCAAAAGAACAUUCUCAAUGUAAGCAAUAUCAUUGCCAAGCAAUUGGCCUCCAAUGCCAGCUCGGUCAGCGGCGGCGGUCAUUUCAAGGAUCUCAAGGAGAAAAUCGCGGCCAGCAGUCGCAUAACCAGCAUCUCGUUCGAUGGCGGCGGCGACGACAAUGUCGAGCACAAGACGCCGCCCAAGCUGGUCAAGAACUUUAAUGAAUUUCUCAACUUUGCAGCCAUCAACAAGAAUCGCAUCUCGGAUCGCCUGGCCAAUCAGCUGCAGAUUAGCGAGAAGCCGCUAAAGGAGCAGCAGCAGACGCCGCUACAAGUCAGCAAGCCGGUGGUGCAGCUGACCAAGGGCGGACCGCUGGGCAGCUCGCUGGAUGAGUCCGACUCCUCGUCCAUACCAGAGACCAGCUGGAGUGCCUCGACAGCGGCCACGGCCAUACAGCAGGCCCAGGAGCUGAGCAGCUAUAGUCUGCAAAUGGAUCUCAAUGCAGUGUCGCCGCAGCCGCAGCAGCAGCCGGAGGAGAUCACGCCCGAUCAGGAUCCCGAUCAGGAGUACUAUCCCAUGACAAAUGCCAUCACGCGCGAGCUGCGUCUUGAGGCGGAGAAUCUGGAUCGUCAGGUAUUUGGGCUGCCCUUUACGGAAAGGCAAACGCACGCUGACAUUGAGUACGAAAAACUGGACAAGGAUACGCUGGAUCUGGUCGAGGAUCUCAAGGAGAAUGAGAUCAUAAUCUGUCCCGAUGUCAGCGAACUGCAUAUGCGGCGACGGCAACGUCUGGCGGCCGCCAAGAGCAACAGCGUCCAGCCGACGGAGACGCACACGCUGAAUCCCUUUAUAGACGAGAGCCAGCUGCUGCUGCUGGAGAGGAAUGGAGGAGGGGUCAUGCGCAACAGCAGCAGCCUGCCUGAGGUCAUUAUGCCCAUUUCAACGGAACCGAAUCGCGUGGAGGCGCCCACGCUUGUGGAGAUCGCCACGAAUGCGGAUGAUGAGAGCGCGUACACACGCUCGCCACAGCGCUCCGGUUCGAGUCCGAUAAACGGGCUCAAUAGCACGGCGGCUGCACUGCCGCCGCCAGCUGAAUUCGGGGGCGGCAAUGCGUUCCUCAUGUUUCUCUGCCUGACCCUGUUGCUGCAGCAUCGCAAUACAAUCAUCAAGUCGGCCAUGGACUACAACGAGAUCGCGAUGCACUUUGACAAGAUGGUGCGCAAGCAUGAUGUUACCCGGGUCCUAAAUCAGGCCAGGCGCAUGUAUUUCGAGUAUCUGCAGGCGCAGCGCAAGCAGCCAUCAGCUUUGGUCCCGGGCGCAAAGGCAGCGAGCACCACAGAAACCACAAAUUUAGCCCAAGUCUAGU